CUGGCAUGGUUUUUUGGAGGCUGGCAGUUCAAAGCUGAAACGUCAGAUAUGACUCCUGGAGGCUGCUGAGAUGAUCAUUAAGGGAGACUUAGAUCGGAUGGCAGAAGACAUCGGGCAUGCAGGUGGCGGACUGAAGACGAUGCUGGAUGCCAUGGAUGUUCCAAGUCAUGCUAGGGAUCUCCUCCUGCAGCUCAACAGCCAGCGCACCAAGGGCUUCCUGUGUGAUGUCAUCAUCGUGGUGCAGAACGCCCUCUUCAGAGCUCAUAAGAACAUUUUGGCUGCAAGCAGCCUCUACUUGAAAUCUUUGGUGGUCCACGACAAUCUCAUCAACCUUGACCACGAGAUGGUGAGUCCAGGGGUCUUCAGGGUGAUUCUGGACUACAUCUACACAGGCCGCCUUAGCGACGGAGAUCCCACCUCCCCCAAUGAACCUAAUCUAGGGGCUGUUUUGGCUGCAGCCAGCUACCUGCAGCUGCUUGACUUAGUGGCUUUGUGUAAAAAGAAACUGAAAAGAAAUGGCAAAUACCCUCCACGCCCAAGUCCUGCAUUUCUGCCUUACCCAAAGAUGGGGCCUGCUGGUUUGGGUUUAGGUGGGGGCAGGUAUAGGGUUUCUACUCCUGUCAUUCAGUCCUGCCAUGCAGCCCGAGCACCACCAAUAGAGGACCUGAUUCCCCAUCGACUAGCCAUCCACGCUGGGGAGCUGUACGCCCCCACCUCCAACCAGGGCUCUCAGGUGUUCCCGUCUCUGCAGCCAACUCUGCCCCCCCAGCAUGGUCGUUCAGCCCACCCAGAGAGAAACUGUUCCCCCAGCUAUGGCCUUGAUCUGUCCAAGAAAAGCCCCAACUCCCACUCCCAGCACACACCCUCGCAUCUGGCAAACACCCACAACGACGAGGAGCGAGACGGGACUCUGAGCGAACGCACCAGUCCCAUGCAGGGGGCCAAUGGGAGGGCAUUCCCUUCUGAGAAGUCAGAGUCCAUGGACCAGGCUAGCUCCUCAACUCCACCGCCUUUCCCCCAUCUCAACCAGCCUCUUGCCCCACACCUCCCCCACCUGCACCGCUCCAGCUCCCAGGGCACAGAUCGCUACCUGUGCCCCCCCAGCCCUGAGAACCCCACAGAAGGUGCAGAGUCAGGCAGGGACAUGAGUAACAUCUAUCGCUGGGUGAAACCUGAACCAUACACAGCUGAGGAUGAUGAUGAGGAUGAUGAUGAAGAGGAAGGGGGUGAAAAUGGAGACCAGCAUCAUAACCACCACAAGCCUGGGGAGGACAGUGAAGGAGGGGACGACAAGAGCGGAUCAGGCACAGAGGAGACGGGCAGCAGUGAAGGCCGACCUUCGCCUCCCGGAGGGAUGGGGAGGUUCCACAUGCCCUACGAGCCUGAGAGCUUUGGGGACAAUCUGUAUGUCUGCAUCCCCUGUGACAAAGGUUUCCCGAGCUCAGAGCAGCUCAAUGCACACGUGGAGACACACACAGAGGAGGAGCUGUACGGCAAUUCGAUCGGGGAAAUGGGGAACAGCAAUAACAGCAGCAACAAAAACAUGAGCAGCAAUACGAAUGGUUACGGGGGCCUGAACAGCAGCAACAGUCUGUCCCACCUCGAGUCUAAAUCCAGCCAGAGUCUGAGUUCAGGAGGGAUCGUGGAGAUGAUGCGACCCUACCGCUGCUCCUCCUGUGAGAAAUCCUACAAGGACCCUGCAACUCUGCGCCAGCAUGAGAAGACCCACUGGCUGACCCGGCCUUACCCCUGCAGCAUCUGCGGCAAGAAGUUCACGCAGCGUGGCACCAUGACGCGCCACAUGCGGAGCCACCUGGGCCUCAAACCUUUCGCCUGUGACUCCUGUGGCAUGCGCUUCACUCGGCAGUAUCGCCUCACAGAGCACAUGCGUAUCCACUCGGGGGAGAAGCCGUAUGAAUGUCAGGUGUGUGGUGGGAAAUUCGCUCAGCAGCGCAACCUCAUCAGCCACAUGAAGAUGCACAGCAGCGGAGGCAGCUCAGGGGGAUUGACCCCGGAUGGAAAACUGAAGCUGGACUUUGCAGAGGGCAUCUAUCCUCUGAGUAAAUACGCAGCCGAGCAUCUGGGGCUCAAGCAGGAGAAGGCGAAUGAGCUUCUCAUCCAAGCACAGCAGCAACUAGUGGAUUCAAAGGUGAUAGAGAGCCUCUACCCGCUGUCCAAACUGGCCGCGGAGCACCUGGGCCUCACCCAUGACAAGAUGGAUAUCCUGGGACAACCACUCCCCCCUCCACCACAGGCCCUCUCUGACUCCCGCAGCAUUGACCGCUACUCCCCCAGCUAAGACUGCAUGACUGGUUUAUAUGGCAAUCACCAAAUAGGUCUGUGUGCACACAGUUUUUUCUGCAGUAUUCAAAAGCCAUUCACCUCAACUCAGUAUCUCCUCUGCACCUCAGACUCAGGCCAAAAAGAAUUGGUCUGCUUAUGCACACCAACAUGUGUAGACUGUAAGUGCCUUCAAUGCAUCUAAUGUAUCUUUAAGUCCUCCUUCCUAAAGGAGCUUUGUGCCUUUUUUUGUGACCAAAGGACACUCACUCAAAGAAGUACAGUAUUUAUGUACAGUGUAUGCAAACAAACAUUUAAAGAAUUACAGCCAUUGAGCCAAAGUGACAAAUCCAAAGCCAAAAUGAAAUUGUUUUAUUUAUUUUUGUAUUUUGGGGAAAUCCAAAGAGAAACUGUUGCAAGGAAGCGUUGCAAUCUGACCCUAAACCUGUGUACAAAAAAAAGAAAAAGCACAUAAGGACAAGAUUCAGGGUUGUCGGUCCAGACCUGAGCGGAACUUUUACCAAAUGAAUAAGCCAACUCUUCUGGACUUUAAAGAAAUGGGAGGAUGUUUUUUUGUUUUUCUUUGUUUUUGGGGUACUGGACAUUUCAUGUAUCUCCCUCUCCAGCUUCACCAAAACACAUCCCUGUGUUCCACAAUCAUCCAAGCAUUUCGGUAAAACCUCCUUUCCUUUAUUUUUUCCACAUUCUUUUUAAAUCACCCUCUCCCUUCGCAGUUAAAAAAUCAUCUUGUGAAAGUAAUGGUAGCUUAAUGAGCCUUAAACUUGAGCUAAAACUUGAGCUAAAACUUCCUUUAAUGUUUGAACUAACUUCUUCUAGCUUUCAGUUGUUAUUGAGCACAGCCCUGUGAUGUCAGGACUGGGACAUGACCACACAUACCCAACUGAUGACACACUGAUCCCUGCUCAUGAUGAGUGUAGCUCGAUCGAAGGGAGGGUGUUGCCUUUGAAUUUUUUCAGUAUUAACAAAAGUUGAUGUGACGAGCAGAGAGGCGAAGGGGCAGAUCAGAAUUAAUGACAAAAAUAUUUGUCGUUUACUGUCAGAAGGAAUGACUAAGUUCACAUUAGCCUGAUGAUUAAUGUUGCUGCAGCAGUAGUCAGAUGCAUCUCCACUGUUGGACCUCCCUGCUACUGUUGACAGGCCAAUUGAGUGCUGAAGUAACACACAUAGACACCCCUCUCUCUCCACACACACACACGGCUGCUAAUCUGCCCGUGAUAGGAACACAAGAAGGGGUUUGUGGAUCUUCCCCAGAAGCCGGCGGGUGAACAGCACACCCCAGCUGCUGUGCCUCAGUAAUCCCUGUGAAAUCUCACUUUCUCCAGGACAAUUCGCACUGCUCGCCGGCACCAUGUCCCAUUUCAUGCCUGCCAUCUUACCCCUCUGAUCCACUUAUUAACACCACGUCCGAGCCCAGCAAAUGUCUCCCUCCCCUGCCUUUCCUCCUCUGCUGGUAUCAAAGAAUAUUUCUGUGUUUGCUGACCAGCAGUUUCUCCAGCUUGAAAACAAAAGAGCACUUAAAGGUUGCGGGUAGACGGCACAUUUUUGUCUGUUUUUUCCAAAGAACAUUGUUUUUCUUUUCUUCCACUCUUACUUGUCCUUGAUUCAGAUUAAAAAAUGUCUGACCACUAUAGUGCCAACGCCAACCUCAGUGGGUGAAUGUGAAGACUAAAGCCAUAAAUACACUGUGAUAGACGUAGUGAAACUUAAAGGCUUAAAAAAAUUACAGACAAUGUGCCUGACUUUAGGGAUUGUUUUUUUUGAAGUGUAACAAUAAUUUAAGGGCUUCUUCUCUGUAGCAUAUGGUCAUAUCAGACAUGUUGUUCUUCUGUCACUUCCUUUUCUUGAUUUUGAUUUGAAAUGAAAGCAGCGCACGUGAAACUGGUGCUUACCUCAGGACUGAACCCAGCAUGGGGACGCUAAGCUUUACUAAACUUUUAAAAAACAGUGCCAAAACACACUUACACACACUCUUUGUUUUCUAAUCUACAGGGCAUUCGUCCUGUGUUAAACCUGUGGUUAUUUCUGUGUUUAAGCAUUUCUUGUUGCAGUUUAAUGUUGGAGAGAUAAUAUGUGAUAUUAACAUUUUUUGUACUUUACUAUAGGGUAUACAUUUUCUAUUGUGUCCUCAAAGAGGCUUCUAUCGGUUAGACCAAUUGUUUUGACUACAGGCAAAGUCAUUUCAGUAGCAUCAUGACUGGCAGUUUGUGAAUCCCUGAACCACACUUCAACAAGAAUGAUAGCACCGAUCUUCAGUUUCAAUCACAUGUACCGAAAAGCUUUACUUCUCCUCAAGACAUGAUGUAUUCUCAGUGCUUCCCUAAACAGACAAGCAGGGUGAGCAUGAAAAGCAGCCUCAUAUUGUUUGACCUCUUUUGAAGAGGUGACUGAACUUUGUGUCAGAGUCAGACUUAGGCCGCACACAAACACACAGGAAACCAGCUUGUUUUGGGUGAUGCUUCCAGUUUUGUUCAGCUUCUUCUCGAGAAAAAGUAGGAUAUAGCUUAAAAGAGGAAAGAAAGAAAAACAUGUAUACGUGUUAAAAGUGAAGGGGUGGGCAGGCGUGAGUCGUGGGAAUUUCAGUCCUUCUCAUUCACAAGUUCAAAUGAAAAGCGUUGGAAUAACACAAAGUGUUUCCACUGUCACUCCAAAUCUGUGCAGGAGGGAAGAGCGAGAUAAUGCCUGGACAUUUCAGUAGGAUGUGCACUGUUUGAGAUGUGCUUAAUUGCAUUAAUGUUAAAGACAGACAGAGGUGGAGGGUCCGGUAUCUAUAGAAAGGGAAGUGUUUGCUUGUCUGUUUGUGUGUCCCUGUGCCAUCAGAGUGAAUGAGGGGCUGUUAAUGUAUGUCCUGGGAGUAGUUUUAGUGUGAAGGAGACAAGCUGAGGAGCAGGAAGUGAACUUUUGGCUUGUGUGUCGUGUCGGGCAGGAUGUGCUGUGUGUUUCUGCUCCGAGGCAGAUACAGAGACGAGAGAAUGGGGAGGGAGAGGAGCAAUGGAGAACGCAGCAGGGUGUGCGUUAGCCAUUGUCUCAGUAUGAAAGAGUGUUUCGAACUUCUAAAACUCUCCAUUCAGAAAACAACCAGACUGUAUCUUCUCUUUUCCUUCCCCUCUUUGCUCUUUGGGGAUAAAACCUCUGCUCAAUAUCACUGCGAUACCACAUCGUGGGGCUUUCAAGGGCUGCCCGGUGAGGAAGCCGUUCAGACAUUUUGUUGCACUUUCAGGAUGUUGUGGAUUAAACUUUUUUGGCAUUCUUUCGGUCAGAGAAAUUCAUUAUAAUAUUUUUUCAGUGUGUGUAUUAUUUAAAAAAUAAGGGCACAGUGGAUUAAUAUAUGCAAGGACUGCAAACUGAUUUCAAUCAUACUUUAAAAACUGUCCGUCUUCCCUUUUCUCUGCGGUCGUUUUAAUUAGUGAAAUGACUCGAGUCUUGUUUCAAUUAUUGGCGUAGCCACUCAUCCCAUGAGCUUUAAUGCCAUCUGCUUUCGUUAAUGUAAUUUAUAUGAGACACCAACCCAGGAAAGUCUCAUUGCCACCAAAGUGGUUUGAUGAAGAUGUUUAGAAAGUCAUAAAAUUAGGAUUCAAAACAAUUUAUGAGUUAAGUAAAUUGAUGUAAUGAAAAUGAAUCAAUGCUAAUAUAAAUUAGAGCAGUAAAGCAAACCACCAACUGUAAGAUGUGGGUUUAUGUUUUUAUUUUACGUUAUUCGAAGGCCACUUCAUUCCUCUUUAGUGUUGUAAUGGCAACCAUCCAAAGCCUGUAACUCUUAUAACACUAAUAAUAAGGCUGUAAAAGGGAUCUGAAUGAGCUCCAGCGGCCCUCAUGUAGACCCUUAAAAGGGGUUAGGUGUAAUGUUAAAAAAUGCAAAGUAUGCCUUUAAAGAUUCUACCAGCAACAUCAGACUGAGGUCACCUGUGCAACUCUGAGAGACUGAAUCACACUGAUCUGCUGUGUGUUUGACUUUUACUGUAUUUUACCGUGAGUACCAAAAAGACUGAAGAACUUAGCAGACUUCACUGGUGCUCAGAACAAAAAUUGAGCAACUGUUUGUGCCUUUUAAUGUCCACUUGCUGCAUUGUUGAGCUAAUCUUCUGACCAACUUCGCCUCAUUCUGCAAGCCAUUGUCCAUGUGGUUUUUAUAAGAGAGCAGGGUGGACAUGACGCUUUUGUCUAGUACGCAUAUUUCUUUUAUGAGGACAAAUGUUUCAAUGUAAGCUAGAGCCAAAUAAUAUCUAUAGCUGAGCUUUACUUUGGCGGCAUACCAAAAGAAUGUUCUUUAGUCAAAAAAAUCCAAUGUGCCUUCAGAAUAAAGCAUCAAUGAUGUGUAUGAAAUGUGUAUGCGUAUGUGUGUGUGUAGGUGUUCCCUAGUGUCUGCAUAGUGCACCUGUCCAUCUCUAUGUCUGAAUGCCUUUCCCACAGUGCAGCAGGGCGAAGUACAACGCAGAGAUUUGACACUUUCUAGUCUUUAUUACAAACAGCUGCUUUAGAUUUAUUUCCCCGAACUGCACUUUUCUGGAAAAAUCAUCGUAUUGUGAUUUUUUAUUACUCUCAUGAUCCCCUAGAAGUCCCACAAUUGCCUUCCCUCUGGCACUUUGCUUCCUCCGCUUUCCUCCUCCUCUUCCUCCCUCCAGUGCAAACCUUGGCCGCGCUUGCUCUGUGCCCUUAUUACCUCCUCUCACAUCCUCCCUCCUUAGCUCUUCUUGUCCCCUCUCUCCCCUUACACUCUGCACAAACCGCUGACCCGCUCCACCCGCCACCUCCUCCCUCCUCCUCCUUGCCCAUGAUCCACUUACUUCCAGCUGUUUUUCAUGCUGAAGAAGACAGUUGUCUAAAUGUUUAUGCAAAGGCUACUUUCUUUUUCUUUAAGCCCCUGAUCAAUUUCCAACAUGAAUGUUGUGGCAUGUGCAAAAAAUACACCCUUAGAUGGGCCAAAUUAAAAAAAAAAAAAAAUCGGACAUGGUGAUUGUGUUCUGAUCCUCGAGGCCAGGAAUCGGCUCACAAAGGGAGAUUAAAGACGGCACAUCGUUGUAGAGGAAAUGCAGAAUAAUGUGAGGGGAAAUGUUCAGGCGAAAAUAUGCGCAGAAAGAUGCCAGUAAAGUAAACACGUAUGAAAUUGCACAAUUGAGCCGGGCCUCGGCUGCACCGGCCAAGUCAUGCACUGAGAUGGAGAGAAGAAGAAAUAGAGACGAGGAGAGAGGGAAAGAAGUGGAGACUGAGUGAAAAUUGGCUUGUGUUUGAUAGUCGUAAUCUUGAGUAAAUAACAGGGGAAAGCUGGUUGUUUUCUUGCGUCUCAUCAUGUCUUUUUUCCCUGACACCUCUAUGCCCUCUGUUAGGAAAUGACUGUUUGAGGAAAUGCAGUUUUCUUUUUCGCCUUCUCAUUGUUCAUUACUGCAGGUCAUUGCUGCAAUUUUAAAGGUCAGCAUCAUGUCAGCAUGCCCUCAGAGAUGUCAUUCAGUCAUGAUGAACAAUUAUCAUCCAAUCAGCACAUGACCCACAGCGGGCUCUUUGUAGUUAAACAAGGAAAAGCAGGUUAUGGUUGAUUAUGUCGUCCUCCAUCUGUUUGGCUCAGAUCAGUUUCUGUCUUUACCUUGAACACCAACAUGGCUGACUGACUGAGUGGACUUUGAAUCCUUAAGUUUACAGUGUGAAAAUGUGUUCUGGAGAUUGAAUGCAGAAAAAGCAGGGCUUAGAAGAGCUAAAGUUGGUCAGGGAGAAGAUUUGAUUGUAAAUCACACACAUGCUCACACACAUACUCACACGCGCACACACAGCUGCAUGGCAGACUGCUGCUCCAGAUUAGGUCAGAUUUAAUUAGGCUGCCCUGCUCCGUUUGGAGUGUCGCUUCUUGUAGAAAAAGACAUCAUUAAAAUAAAAGGGGAUUCCACUGACUGUUUUUCCUCCAACACACACUAAAACCUGAGCCUCAGGGUUCUUACUCACACACACAGACAUACACAAACACACUCACACAAGGCAUCAAAACAGGUUUUGGGAAAAGGUUACGUGUAGAAGUGUUGGAUCAUGACCAAAUGAAGAUGACUGUGAUGUUUUGUAACAGUUGUGGUUCAAGGAUAAGAGAUUCAGCAGGAACACAAACUGCCACGCAGUCAGCUGUAACUACAGAUACAUGAAAACAAAUAGAAAACAUACAUUACAAACUUAUUAUUAAAAUGAGAGUUUUCUGCAGUAGACAGGAUCUUAUUUCAGCACGUGUACAUGACACAUUUAGUGUUUCGUUUCGUGGUUCAACGAGAGUUCAUACCAUAAAAAAGCUAAAAGCAAAAGGAUAAAGCCAAACAGUAUUUCUGUAUUUUCUGCAUUUCAUUGUCAAUAUUGAUCUUACUUUUGCUUUAAUGAAAUGAAUGUAUUUAUUGCAUGUCAAAAUGUUUUAUAGUUAAUUUUGUGUAAAUUUCAAUUGUGGGUUUUUAUAAUAAUUUCAUUUAAUGAUGGUGUCUCGAUACAAUCAUUGUUGAUAAGGCUUUUAUUUUUUAAAAAGCCAAUGUGAAUUAUGUCAUGUUUGUUUGUUUCUAUACUCAAAAUCAACUUGGCAAUAAAGUGAAUUGCAUAAUGAA